CUGCCAGCGUCACUUUCUCAGCCGGCCUGUUGUGAGCCUCCACAUCUCAUUUUUUAAAUCUCAUUCGCUGAACUUCACCAACAUGAGCAUCAAAAGAACCAGCAUGCCCUUCACCCGCUCCUCUCCUCAGUACAGUUCUUAUAGUGUUAUUGGAGGCUCUGGUGGAUCUGGCACCCGCAUUUCACCUGUUUCUGCACCCUUUCUGCGGUCCAGUGCCCCUUUCGCCUCUUCUUCCUCAACCCUCAAGCUGAGCAGUGGAAUGGGCUCAGGUUUUGGCAGUGCCGGUGCAUCUGUGGCAGCUGGCAGCGGUUCCAGUGGUGCAGGGAUCCUGGGCAACGAGAAGGGAGCCAUGCAGAACCUGAAUGACCGCCUGGCCAACUACCUGGAGACAGUGAGGAACCUGGAGAAGGCCAACAAGGAGCUGGAGAUAAAGAUCAUGCAGGCGCUGGAGAAGGGGGGUCCAGACAUGAGAGACUACAGCAAGUAUGAGCCCAUCAUUGAAGACCUGCGCAGACAGAUCUUCGAUAAGAUCUCCGAGAACGCUCGUUUGGUGCUCCAGAUUGACAACGCCCGUCUUGCUGCUGAUGACUUCAAAGUAAAGUAUGACAAUGAAAUGGCAAUCCGGCAGUCUGUGGAGGCCGACAUCGCUGGGCUGAAGAAAGUCAUCGAUGACACCAACAUGACCAGGAUGAACAUUGAGAGUGAGAUCGAGGCUGUGAAGGAGGAGCUUGCUUUCCUCAAGAGGAACCACGAGAAUGAAGUGAUGGAGCUGAGGAAUCAGAUCUCUCAGUCAGGUGUGCAGGUUGAUGUAGACGCUCCUAAAGGUCAGGACCUAUCUCAGAUCAUGGAGGAAAUGAGGGGUAAUUAUGAGAAGAUUGCCAUGAAGAACGCAGAGGACCUUAAACGAUGGCAUGAAAAUCAGAUUCAAGACGUACAGGUUCAGGUAUCACAGAACACAGAAGCUCUGCAGGGAGCCCAGAUGGAGAGGAGCGAUUUAACACGGCAGAUACAGACCCUGGAAAUCGAACUUGCGUCCCAACAGAGCUUAAAAGCCUCCUUAGAAGACACAUUACGCAACACAGAGCUGCGAAAUAACAUGGAAAUGGAGAAGUACAACGCCAUCAUUUUACGCCUGGAGGAGGAGCUGUCCAACUUACGUGCAAACAUCCAGCAGCAGACGCAGGAAUACGAGGCGCUACUCAACAUGAAGAUGAAACUGGAGGCUGAGAUUUCCACAUACAAGAGUCUGCUGGAUGGAGGAGACUUCAAGUAAGAGUUAAAAAGAGAUGGAGGAGAAAAAAAAGGAUGGUGGUAGCAGAGGCUGCAGGACGCACUCGAUGAGCUGGCGGGAGCGAGCUAAUUUGGAACAAAGGAACAAAUGCCACCCCAACAAUGAAAGAAGAACAAACCACAAUGAAAUACUUUGGGAAAAAAUUGAUUCAUUAAUUUAAAGAGGGUGCAGCUGUCUAUAGCCAAAAAAAAUGAAUAAAACCACUAUUUGACCCACA